AUGGCGUCUAGGACGAAGCACACUGCUCACAGUACCGCCAUUCUUCGGUUUCUCGACACUGAGGGGAAGAACAUAGACAAGGCCUUCGGGAAGCAGCUGGAGCCUCGUCCGUCCCCGAGGUCAGAUUCCCGCCCGGAGAGACCGCAAGGUUAUCCUGAAGAAGCCGAAAGUGAGCUACCCGAUGAAUCUGAAGGCCUUCGGGCGGCGCUGAUCGAGUACCAAAAUCUCGAGAUUGAUCCACGCCUCAGUCUAGACGUGGAUAAGUGCACUUGGGAGGAUGUCUUUGAAUGCAUGGCAGGAGCAGAGGCCGACUAUGAGCAGAAAUCAAAGGGUUGGCGAGGCGUCGGGCGGCGCUUGCUCAGAAAGGCCGGAGAUCAUGCAGAGGACGUAGAUCCCUGGCUCAAACUGAUACCGCCCGAGUACGGCAUGGGGAUUAUAGGAGCCGGCAUUUCCAUCAUGUUUAUGCUUGCUCGCGAUGCCAAGGAAGCCCGUGAAAAGAUCCUCGACACCUUCGCGGAGAUCCCAAUCAUCGUAGCGUCCGCAAAGGCGAAGCUGCGAGCCUUUCCAGAUAGGCAAGAAUUGAAGUCGUGCAGCGAAAAGCUCAAUUUGGAAAUCAUUGUUUCCGUGUCGAAGCUGGUGGGAGCCUUACUACCCGAGAAGCACAGAGAGAAAGUCCCAUACUUCUGGUUCAGGAGCAAGUUGGGGAAAUCUACUAUUGAUGAUGUAUUGAAAUCACUCAGAGGUCGGGCGGAUGAGCUCAAGAGCUUGGUGCAAGACUUUGUGUAUGAAGCAAUCGGGGAGACGCAAUGGCAAACGCGAGAGAUCAAGAAGGAUACUUCUGGUAUAAAACACGACACCUCCAUCCUGCUGGAGACAGCGUCCAAGUUGCAAGGAAACACAGCCGGUCUCAUGACGAUGACUUCUCAGGUACAAACGGAAAUGCGCACCCUGACAUCAAACUUCAAGUCUGUUCUCGAUAACGACUACACAAGGCGGCUACAGAUAUUCGAGAAGAAGAAGGAGGAAGCAGAGAAGUCUAGAGAUGUGAUGGCGCGGACUCUGGAAGAAGUUGUUGCCGAGAAGGACAGGGAAUGCGAAAGACUUCGCGCCGAGAUCAACUAUAUGCGUGCUCGCACUCCAGUCCCAGGCCUGAUGACUGUGGAAGAGUUCCUCGGCGCCAUCGGCGCGUCCACGCUCAUCAGGCAGUCGACCGAGGACAUCGACAAAGUCCUCCGCCUCCGCAGCUCCAUCCACCCCAUGGCCGAGGCCGAGGCCGUCUCGCUGCUGCAGACGUCCGCAUUCCGCGCCUGGCUCCGACCCGGCCGGUCUGACGCCAUCCUCAUCGAUGGCGCCGGCGCUGCCGUCGACAUGUUCGACCCCACGGAGCGUGUCUCGGCCAAGUCGGUGCUCUGCGCCUCGCUCCUGGCCACCCUUUGCCGCCCUCCGCGGGACCCGUUCCAGCUCUUCUUCUUCGCCGGGCUACAUUCGUCGGAGAAGGACCCUCUGAGCGACGGCCCACGCGGCAUGAUGCGCAGUCUCCUCUGCGAGCUGGUCAAGGAGGCAUACCGCCGUGGUUGGCUAUAUCUCGACUUCAUCGGCGACAAGGCGUAUCGCGACGGCAUCCGGACGCAGAACAUUCAUUACCUGUGUCAGGCUUUCCGCCAGAUCCUGGAGCGCAUGGAAAUGAUGGAGGCUCGCGACCUUUCCAUCUACUGCGUGGUCGAUGGCAUUGCCCAGUACGAGCAGCGAUGGUACGACGACCUGGCCGUGGUGGUCGGAAUGUUCCGCAGAAUCGUCAACGACAACACGCUGAAGCCGGCCUUUAAACUCCUGCUGACUGGCCCCCAACGUGUCCGCUAUGUCCAUGACAUGCUUGGCCUGCCGCCGGGCAAGCGGCUGUGGACGAAUGCAGCCGUUGCAGGCGAGCACCCAGCCGCCCAGCUUGGGAUGCCUUUGGCCGCAGAACAGGCACUGCUAGUACGACGACAGCAGAAGGUCGCAGAGAGGAGUGGCCGCAGCCAGUACUUUGACGACAUGGAGACCACGGCGGAUGACUAUUGCUGA